AGCCAAAACAAUUACCCGGAAGCAGUGACUGACUUGUUCAUAGGAAAAAUGUUGUAUAUUUUUGUCUGUCGUAAAAACACCAUGAUUUUCGCCUUUAUUUUGCCACUUUUUGUAAUAAUACAACUCACAGACUGUGUCCACCAAUCUGGAGGUGGUCUGGCCCACGUCUUAAGACAGUAUGACACCUUAAAGACAACAGACCUGAGACAUCACUUCUUGUCCAGACACAAGCGGUCUCCAGGAGAUCACCCCCCUCCCUACCCCAGACAGAUGGAGUUUGACACACUGGGGAAACAUUUCCACCUGUACCUAGAGCCCAGGACUGGGCUGCUCAGUCCCAAGUUCAAGGCUUACGGCGUGGACUCCCGAGGGAAUGUCAAGUACGAACAGGUGGACAAGAACAGCUUCUUCACUGGACAAGUCUUAGGUGAGCCAGGGUCUACAGUAGAAGCACACCUGGAGGAGGAUGGAGUCCUGUCUGCCAGGGUCACAGUGGGAGAGGACAUCUACUUUAUAGAGCCAUCCUGGAGACACCUCCCUACAGGUGAGAAUGUGACCAUGAUCUCCUACCGGGCCCGAGAUGUCAAGUUCAACUUCACAGGGGCUGGGGCUAAAACUUCUCCUGGAGUAGGGUUCUGUGCUGAGUUUGAUGAUGAUCAACUGCCUCUUCCAAAAGGCCAUCGUAGACACAGUACAAAUGACAGACCAAGGCGUCAAACAGGCAGCCAGCCCCCCCAGUACGAGAGUCCGACCCCCCCUCCCCCCGAUAUGGACUGUGACAUCAGAGGGCCAGCCAAGAACACCUGCCCCAUGCAGCUGGUCGCAGACUACAGAUUCUUCACUGAGAUGGGCCAGAAAAGCCUGCGCCAGACUAUCAACUAUCUGAUCAACCUGAUCGAAGGCGUGGACAGAAUAUUCCGCUGUACACAGUGGGGGAAGGACAUGGGAGGCUUCGGCUUUGAGAUCAAGGAGAUCAAAGUACACGAGGAGCCCACCCCUCCCGGUGGUGCGGAACUGUACAACAUGGACAUGCAGGGGGUCACAUGGCAAGUUAGGGAUCUACUGGCGAACUUCAGCCUCCAUGACUACAGUGAGUUCUGCCUGGCACAUCUCUUCACAUACCAAGACUUUGACCUCGGCGUUCUGGGACUGGGCUGGGUCGGAACUGACCGGAAAGCGGGCAUCGGGGGAAUCUGCACGGAUGAGUUGAGGUGCACCGAUGACCGGUCAGAAUGGGAAGUUUGCAGAAAUGCAUAUGCCUAUCUCCCUGCAGUGUAUAGGAAACAGCAAGUUACACUAUACCUCAACACCGGUCUUACCAGCACACUGAACUGGAACCGACGAAUCCUCACGCGAGAGGCCGACCUUGUCACUGCGCACGAACUCGGGCACAACUUCGGCAGCGAACACGACACGGAUGAUCCGGAAUGCUCGCCAAACCCGGAACAGGGCGGGAAGUAUAUAAUGUACCAAGUAGCCGUCAGCGGGGAGGAAAGGAACAAUAAGCUGUUCUCCAACUGUAGUAAGAGGUCAAUUUACAAGGUGCUGUCAGCCAAGCACUCUCUUUGUUUUGUCGAGCCCCAGAAGUCCCUGUGUGGGAACUACCGUGUUGAGGAGGGGGAGGACUGUGACCCUGGUCACCUUGGGAACAAGAACACUGACCCCUGCUGUACCGGGGAGUGCAAGUUCAAGGGGAACGCUGUGUGUAGUGACAACAACUCCCCCUGCUGUCUGAACUGCACCUUUGCUCCCAGCUCUCACGUCUGUCGGAAGCCCGCGCCCCCCGAGGAUGACGCAACAUGCAAACAGGCCGCCUACUGUACUGGAACCAGUCCGGACUGUCCAGCUUCUGAACCCAGGAAUAACGGCACCUGCAUUGCGGAUGGCCAGUGUAGGAAUGGAACCUGCAUGCCUUUCUGUGAGAGCCGUGGGCUCCAAUCCUGCCUGUGUCAGAAUGUGAGCGAGUCGUGCAACGUGUGCUGUAUGAACAUGUCCCACCCCCAGGGCAUGUGUAAACCCUACCAGGAAACUCCCCAGGCUGAACUCAAGUGGCAGCAAGCCGGCAAACCCUGUAUACAGGGCUACUGUAACAUGGAGGGUAAAUGUGAGAAGCAAGCCCAGGACCUGGUCAAUCGCUUCUGGGACAUCAUCCAAUGGAUUUCACCUGACAAAAUUGCUGAGACGAUGGCAGCCAACAUUGUUGGGACAGUGUUGAUUCUCUCUCUGAUGUUCUGGGUGCCGUGUGGCUGUCUGGUGCAUGUGGUGGACAAGAGGAGGCUGAAGAAGCGGCAGCUUGAAGAGGAAGCAUCCAAGAACACACUUGUGCGCGACGAAGACAAACAUCGCAUCAAGCCAGGCUCCGUCCAAUGGCUUCCAUCCCGAGGGUCCCGCCUACCGACCCUUGGACCAAUGAAAUCCGAUGCCUCCAGCCCUCCCCUACGGCCACGGCCGAAGCUACGUCAUCGUCAUGAUGCAACGAGCGACGACGCCCAACCUCCCUCCCCAACGUCAAGCACGGACACGGUUCCGAUUGAUGACCUCUUGGCGCAGUACACGGAUAGGGUCACAGAACUGGCCGCAGCGAGCGAUGAUAGGUUAGACGACUGUUUGGGCACGACUAAGGCAGAUGUUGAAGCCGCUCCCCCCGUAGAAAGAGAAACUGUCAUUUAGAUAAUAUGUCUGAUCUUUUGAUGGUGUACGUUGAAUAGAUCGAUCCUGUCAAAUACCAUGACAAACAAAGUGCUCAAAAAACCCACUUGCACACCACAUUUUGCUUGGUACAGCUUAAUUUGAGACCCAGGUAGCGCAGUGCGCAACCUGAAAUUUUGCAGGUUUUACCCCCACCUAUGGGCAUGAGCUAUUUAUUUCUUGAUAAGAUAAAAUAUAAGAAGUAUCUGGAAGAAAAGAUAAUGGAUAAGUAGCUGAUGUGAAGAGAAGUGAUAACUUGGAAGUGGGGCAACCUGAAAUGUUGAUGGCUUUUGACUCUGGUUGCCGCCUGAGCAAAUGUGUAACAACCCUCUUCAAUGUCAAAACACCUCCAUCAAAAGUAGCGCUUGUCAGACAAAAAUGGCCACCUCUGGUAGGCUGUCAGCAGACUGACUUUUGAACAUUUUUAACCAUCUUGCACAUUAGGGGCAUUCCAUAUUCUUUGGAAAUAUGAUCAUUGUGAGUUUGAUACAUGUAGGUCAAUCUAGAUGCCAAAUUGGACUCAAUCAUUGUAACCCGUAACAUGACACUCAACAGACUGUAGAAAGUACAUACAUGUAGUCAAAAUGUUUUAAAAAACACUGUGACAGCAAGUUGCUUAAGAUUCUAGUGACAGUGGUAAAAUGUACUUAAAAUAGUUAAAAUUUCAAAGACCACUACUGACAAAAGGAGCCGUUCACAGUCUGACAACUGUGUCAAAUCUAAUUCCUCUCUUAGUGAUAACUUUUUACCAUAUUGACUAAAAGUUAAAAGCUGCUACAUAAGUUGUGCUAUUUAUGAUGAUACUGUUUCUUGUAUGGUCAUAAUACCACAAGUUGGUUAAAGCCAACGAUUGCCAAUGAAAGUAGUUUGAACUUUGAAGGUUUGAAAUAUCAAAUACUAAAAUUUUUAUUGUUAGUGUACUUAAGAAUCUGGAGUAUCAAAUUAUGAAGGCAACUUUGUGUGGAUUUAAUGUAGAUUUAAUUGUUGAGUUUUGAAAAAAAAAUCAUGAAACAUGACAUGAACUGUGAUGAAAUCUGCUGGAGAUUAACAUGAUGCACAAAUAGAUAAUGAGAUAAUGGUAAGGUAAGGCGUUUCUUCUGUAAUAGCUAUUGCCUCAGUUGUGUAAAACAAAUUACAUAUUAUUUUCGUGGAGAUUGAUGUAGACAGUCAAGAUUCUUUUCGUGAAUGUACAAACUAAAAUGAUUACAAAUUAUAAUUUUGUAUUGCUUGUGUCUUGCUCAUAUUUGUAAACUCAAACAUUUUACAUGACAUUGUACUGAUUUUGAUGCAUGUGUAUCAAAUUUAAUGAAGGUAGAAUAAAAGAUGAAACUACUAAAAUCUACUUGGCUUCAAAAAAGCAAUCAGAAUCUACUUAAACAACCCUGUAAACGUAAGACUAGACUAUGAUAGAAUUAACUUUGUAACAUUAAUCUAUAUUAUGGUGAAUACGUGUACUAACAGCUCUUGUCUUCCAAAUUUUGAACUAACUAUGUACUUAAUAUAUACUUGGAUAUAGAAAGAUAGAAAUUGCAUGUAUAUAUUUAUGCAUGACAUGUAAGUGUAUCUCGUCUUUAGAGGUUACCGUAGUAUAACUCAUGACUUAUACUAAUUCGAAUAAUAUGUGAUAUAAUGUCUCUUGCAGUAUUGUUAUAAAUGAGCAAGACUACAAAGUCAUGUACAUGUACAGUAUUUGUUAUGAUUUAUUACUCAUUACUAAGACAGUUUUAACAUCAUUGUAUAUAAUGUUAUACAGAAACAUACAUUUCUAUGGUAUAUAUUAUGUUCUUAGGACUAUUUUUGAACGUUACAAGCAUUCCAUUACAUGUUCUUUGGAUUGUAUGUCAUGUCACCAAGGCUUGUACAAAAUAUGUUGGCUCUCUCUCAAUAUAUAUCUAACCAUAAGCACACUGUAGUAUCCAUUUGGCUAUUAAUUUUCAAUUCAAAAAUUUAAAAAGGAUUUCCUCUUCUGCAAGCAAAAAUUCAUAGAAAUAGAUCAUUCAAAUUUUGGGCCAGGGGAAAGUUUACGGCCAGGUACGGGCCAGUAUAUUUUUUAUGUGCUUGCCCUAUAAAAAAUGGGCAAAUGAAUUUUUUUUCAAACCUUGUCCAAUAUGCAUCAUGUACAGGUAGGAGAUUAAUUUUUCUCCUGUUAAAGGCAUUGUGCAUACGUCAAAGCAAAUGAAACAUUGUAGCCAAAACUGUUGUCAAUAAGGUUCUUUUACAACUUGUAUUAUGUAUAAACCAAACUUUAAAAUAUAGGUGAAUGUGUGUUUUAUUUAACACUGUGUAAUAUUCUAUUUAACAUGGUAAAGGUUAUUUUGUUUGUCUGUAUAGGAGAUAUAUGUUGCACAUCCAAAGAUGUAAACAUUUUUAUCUUAUGAUGAUUGAAGUAUCAUCUGUGAGACAUGAAGUGCCCAAUGUUGCUCAAUAAAACUGCUACAUUGUUGCAAAGUAA